CACGUGUCCCAGACUAUGUAGGUUCCGCGUUUAUUGAUGACUGAGUCGAUCACUGAUAACUUCCGUUGUGCGGACGCCGCGUCGCUGUUCUUCGCCUGGUAUGUGACGUACGUGUGGUUCAAUUGGUUGUAGCGAUGUUUCCAGUAUACCUUCGACGUAAACGAACGCGCUUCCGAAUCGAAAACAUCCCGCUUGAGAUAUGGGAACGUAUCUGUUCCUUCGCCUGCACUGACGACGGGUACACCGGCCUGUCGCUCAGCAAAGUCUCGCGUUACUUCCGGAAUGCAAGCAGACUCUGUCGCCUGCAGAGCGUAGCGAUCAGGGAGGCUACCGACUGAGGAGGCUCGCGGAUCUCCUCGAGAUCGUGCC